CAGCUUUGCCGUUCAUGUUGGGCAGGAGAACCCAACAGCUGGCAGCUUCUUCAGCAUUUCCACCCUCAGGCAGUUUUAUGAUGGAGGCUUCCAGUGAGUCAUCUCCCUAUGAACAGGUUUCACUGGCACCCUAGAGGGUGUAUUUCCAGCAAGUUCCACUAGUGCAGCAUCACAGGAUCCUCUCUGUAUUCGGCGAGCAACUUCCGUGCCCUCUCCAACAAGGUCUGGAUUGCAGCCUUUGGGAGCAGAGAGACUCAUGCAAAGGUGGACCACCAAAAAUAUCUACAAAUUAGACGGGGUCACGGGUAUACUGAAAGGCACUUGAUCAAGAGAAAUCUGGGGGAAGCUGGAAACCAUCAAGUUAUUGAGGCCACACAGGGAAGAAAAGAUAGAAGAAAGAAAGUUUAUCAGUUUCUUCCUAAACCUCUUAGAAAUAACAGCAUAUCUUAAUCUGAGACUUCCCCUGGGCCACAGGCCAUGAUGGAUGUGCACCUCGAUACUCCUGAGGGUCAGGAGAACGCAAGCAACAAUGGCAAGGGAAGCAGCGGCACAGGAAACCAGCAAGAUGUUGCUAUGAGGACAGAUUCAUCGAAAAUGACUGAUGUGGAGCCCGUGGUCAACAAUUUUGCAUCUUCAGCAAGGACAGGCCGCCGGAAUGCGGUGCCAGACAUCCAGGGCUCAGCGGGGACAGGUGGAAUCUCGGAGUUGCCCCUCAGACUGGAGGCCCUCUCCAUGGAGGAAGAUGUAAAAAAGAAAGAUGAAGAAACAACACAAUGCCAAUUGGAAAAGCCCCCAAAAGAAGAAAAAUGAAGGCUCAUAAACUAUCAAAAGUGCUGAAUUUCUGUAAACUGAAAGACUUAGUGGCCCUGCUUUCCUGAGAUGUUUGAUCUGGUAGUAACUAUGGUAACAUUGCAGCCCUAAGCAACACGUGUGUAUUAGAUAAUCUUGUUGUGAUGCUACUCACUUGGAAUGCAACCACAAUGUCCAAUGUAGGCUAUUAAAAGGCAUAUUACUUCCAAAUUGCACCCAAGGAAAAGGUUAAGAAUGUAUGGUCACUUAUAUACAUAUCAUUAUCUAUAAACCCAACAAAAUCCACUGUUCUCUUUUGGAUUUACUUAGCCAGAUGUAUUUUUAAUUCUGUUUUUAUGGUAAUGGGCAAACCAUUUUCUUAGUAAAUAUAAAACAAACACCAUUCAUUUAAAACUAUGGAAUUUGUAGGGCAGUAUUUUUUUUUUUUGGAUGAGAAGGAAUAAUAGUCAAAAACACAUAGAGAACAUUUGUUUUUAAAGCAAAAAUGCACUAUUUUUCCCCAAACCCUAAAAUGAUUUGGAAAAAUUGCAAAACUUUGACAACUUAAAUAUCUUUAGGAUAUUUUUGUUUGAUGUAUUUUGCUUCUAGUCUAUGCAUACUGUGAUUUUUCUUAUAGACUCUUAAAAUACAAAAUUUGUGACAAAUUGUUUAUAUGGAACAUGCCUAUUAAAAUGAAUUUCACUACCUUCCUUAACUUUGGUGUAUGUGUGUGCAUAUGUUUUUCUUUAAUAAGACUUAUUCAAAACACUUUACUAGUUGCUUUAUACUGUCUUUUCCUUUCUUAGGGCUUAUGUGUAUUGUGACUUGUUUCUGAAAUGAUUUCCUCAGGAAUGCAGACCAUCAUUUUUAUAUCUUCCCUAAAGUAACUAACAUGACACAAAUAUUUAGUGAAUGUUGUAGGUAGAAAUAGCAAAAUACUUGCUUUUAAUAUAUAUUUAAGUAUAUAUUUUAAAAGGAACA